AUGGGCAUCGAAAUAGAUGGAGACAAGUAUACCAUGAUCUCCUCUAAGCGCCACUCCUCCGUGGUUCUUUACUCUCCCUCUGGAAAGCCCUCUUAUCUAGCCUUCAAGAAGCUCGUCCCGCCCUACGAUAAGUUGACGUACGAUAACGAGACACGGAGACUCAUUUCUGAGACUACUAUCGCACCAGCUCUUUCUUAUUCUGUUUUCAAAGCCAUGGGAACACACUCUCUUAAGAACAUCCUCACGCUUUCUGUUGAUAAAAGGACAUCGUUUACCGAGGUACGUACCAACUUCUUGCAGGUUCCAAAGGAUUACGUGGCACUUACCCUCACGCUGGACCAUGCUCUGAUCUCCCCAAAUCUGCUGACUCUGACGAUGACCUUUAUGGCGGUUAUAGAGGGCUUUUCUAGUGCGAGUCAUAAUUCUGUACUGAGAGGCCUUUAUUAUGUGCCCCCGACUAUUGUGCCCCGACCGGAGAUCUGGACCCGGCAAGCAAAACUAUUCUAUCAGGAAAUCAUGCGUCUGAGGGAUGGCUAUGGGUAUUUUGUUAUCACCCCCGUCUAA